CGCAUUUUGCUGCCAAUUCGAAAAGUGUUUCGAACACACGCAUUCCAGUUUACACCUGCAUCACAGAGCACCUACACAGCGCAACUGUUGCACAAAGUUUUUUAUCGCCAGUGCAUUAAAAGUGAAGUUGAAAGCGGGCCACAGUUGAUAUCGUACAAAUUCCCUUUGACAGUUUAAAACGUGCUCACUUCGAUCUGAAAAUGUGCUGCCAGAAAUUUAGCUGGACUAUCUUUGUAUUUCUGGUCCUCUUUACGCUUGUGACAGGCUCCUGUUUGGAAUUUGGACACUCGUGCUGGGGCGCUCACGGCAAGCGGUCGGGCAACAGGGCGGCAAUUGCAGCUAAGCAGCCAACACCUCUGGCCGACAGCCUGGCUGAGCAGCUCUUCAACAACAAUAUGAAUGCUAUUGACGAUGACAGCAACAACAAUAAUAAUGACAACAACAACAACAACAAUAUGAAGAACUACAACUUGCCCCAAGCKGCGUCCGCUUUGACGCCCUCAGCGAGCGAAUCGAGCGCAGCCGAACGCAAUCGAGAUGUGAACGAGGCAAAAUGGAGGCAGCUGCUGCGACAGCAUCGCUUGCAGCUGCGCCAGAUGCAACGCCAGUUCGAUGCGAGCGAUGCAGCCGAGAGCUGGCGCAAGUUGCAGCAAGCAUUGGCCGAGGCAGAGCAGCAGCAGCAGCAGCAGCAGCAGCAGCAGCAGCAACUGUUGCCGGUUGCCGACUUUUAUGAACUUGCAAAGUGAACGUUGACCGAAUAAUGAGAAAAUCAUGUAUACGAGGCACAGAUACACACACACACACAUACACACACACUCACUCACACACAGAGACAGACAGCCACACGCAUAAACAAAUUGAGCUGAAGUUAAGCAAAAACAAUUAAACGAUAUUUAUUCCAUCAGAUAAGUGAUCUUUGCAUGCUGCGCCCCAAUUAAAAAAUU